CCUUCACAAUCAGACAAAGUAAAUGGAAAACCAACAUAUCCGUGUUGGCUUACUUGUGCUAUUCCAUGGUGCUCGCCACCUGUGCACUGCUCAUGGUUCCAAGUUUCCAGGUCACUGCGAACAUUCCUCUAGUUUGUGUAACCUCCUUUGUCCCCGCUAUCUUGGACCUGUACAUCGAGAGCUUCGUGGUGGUCCUCACAGCAAGCCUAGAGAAGCUGAGGAAAGAGGUGCACGCCAGGGAGACGUGGGCCGUUGAAGGCGUGAGGUCAACUUUUGCUUCUUGGAUGAAGGUGAUUAAUGCUGUCACGAUGCACAACAAGAUUUUCAGCUUGAGUGCCGGACUUCGCGUGAUUCAGCUGAUGAUGAAGGCGAUGUCCUUACUGUACGUGGUGUUUUCGCUGCAGUGCUGGAGGGGAGGCUGUCUCUCGCUGCUGGUCAUCACGGCGCUGCCCCUCGGAGAAACCACUGGAUUACUCUACCAUAUCUGCAGGGUGGGGCAGCAUCUCGCCACCGCCGGCGACCGGUUGCUGCAGGCUGUCACAGCGGCGGCUUAUCAAGUUCCAGCGGGUUCAGAUGACCAGGUGGCGCUCGCUCACAUCGCUUCUAGGAUGGAAAGCUGCCUUCCCCGUGUUCUCGCGUGGGGCUUCCACAGUCUGACCCUGGAGACCUUCAUUCAGCUCUCCCGCAUGGUAACCGCCUGCUUGGUGAUUGUGGUGCAGCUCGGGGAGGACGACCACUUGGCUCAUGCGUACACUGAUGGACCGCUGACACGCUAUGAUCACUGCUUCACCACCAACACUACCACCAUCACUAUUGCUAAUCUCAUCACUUAA